UUAGAGGUCCUCUGUAUGUAUGUGAGUUACGAGAGAAAGGGAGGGAGAGAUGGUGAAAGCCUGUACUUCAGUUCUAAUUCUGAUCUCUUCUCUGUUUUCUCUUCUAUUCACCCUUGUCCUUGCAAACAUCUCACCUGGAACAACCCUUAGACCCUCCGAUUCCAACACCACAUGGACAUCUCCAAACAAUACUUUCUCUCUGAGUUUCAUCACCAUCACCUCACCCAACCCACCUUCCUUCGUCGCUGCAAUCUCCUACUACGGCAUUUCAGUCUGGAAAGCCGGCGGCUAUUCCGGCACCGUCGACAUAGAUGGGUCCUUUCAGUUCCUCCAAAACGGCAAUCUCCGUCUUGUCAACGGCAAUGGCAGCGUCAUUUGGGAAUCCGGAACCGCCAAUCGCGGCAUUACAACUGCGACACUCGAUGAUUCAGGUAAUCUCUCCUUGAAGAACGACUCUGUUUCUGUUUGGUCCACUUUCGAUAAUCCAACGGACACAAUUCUUCCGACCCAGAAUUUCACUACUGGGAUGCUUCUCCGAUCUGGGUUGUACUCGUUUAAUCUUCUCGAUACGGGAAAUCUUACACUUAAAUGGAAUAAUAGCAUUGUUUAUUGGAACCCAGCUUUGAAUUCUACUUAUGCGAACUUGACUUCUCCUAGCUUGAGCAUCCAAGCUGUUGGAAUUGUGACGCUUAACGAUCCAACGUUUUCAACCCCUGCUAUUGUGGUUUAUAGCAGUGAUUAUGGAGAGGGAACAGACGUUCUUAGGUUUCUGAAAUUGGAUUCUGAUGGGAAUCUUAGGAUUUACAGCUCUGCUAGGGGUUAUGGUGUGGAGUUUGAGAGAUGGGUUGCUGUUGCUGAUCAGUGUAUGGUUUUUGGGUAUUGCGGUAACAUGGGUGUCUGCCAUUAUAAUGAUAUGGCGCCUGUUUGUGGUUGCCCAUCUGAGAAUUUCGUAUUUGCAGAUCCGAAUGAUACCAGAAAGGGGUGUCAGCGGAAGAUGAAGCUUGAAGAUUGCUCUCGUAGAGCCACUAUGUUGAAACUGGACCAUGCCCAGUUCCUGACUUACCCUCCUGAGCUCUCAUCCCAACUCUUCACUGUGGGGAUUUCUGCUUGUUCGUCGAAUUGCCUUCAAGGGCCCUGCACGGUAUCCACAUCCCUAGCUGAUGGAACUGGAGAGUGUUACAUUAAAACUUCAGACUUUAAUAGUGGGUACAUGUCACCGGCACUUCCUAGUACUUCUUUUGUCAAGGUUUGCAGUCCAGUACUUCCGAACUCGCCUCCAACUGAGGCUGAAAGAGGAGAAAGGACAUGGAAGUUGAAUCCAUGGGUAGUUGUGGUUGUGGUUGCUGUUACUCUUUUGGGCUUGACCCUUCUAGAGGGUGGAUUGUGGUGGUCGUGUUGUAGAAAAAGCCCGAAUUUCGGGGGAUUGUCAACUCAGUAUGCACUUCUUGAAUAUGCUUCCGGUGCACCCGUCCAGUUUAAUUAUAAGGAGCUCCAGCACAUUACUAAGGGGUUCAGGGAGAAGCUUGGAGCCGGAGGUUUUGGGUCUGUACACCAAGGGAUUCUUGCCAAUAGGACGGUGGUUGCAGUGAAACAACUUGAAGGGAUUGAGCAAGGAGAGAAGCAGUUCAAGAUGGAGGUUGCAACUAUAAGUAGUACUCACCAUUUGAAUUUGGUGAGGUUGAUUGGUUUUUGCUCCGAGGGUCGUCACAGGCUGCUAGUUUUAGAGUUCAUGAAAAAUGGGUCCCUUGAUAAUUUCCUCUUCACUUCAAAAGAGCCAUUAGAAAGAUUGUUGGAUUGGAAGGCUCGGUUCAAAAUUGCACUUGGGACUGCAAGGGGGAUCACAUACCUCCAUGAGGAGUGUCGAGACUGUAUUGUCCACUGUGACAUAAAGCCAGAAAAUAUUCUGUUGGAUGAGAAUUACAAUGCUAAGGUCUCAGAUUUUGGCCUUACAAAACUUAUAAAUCCGAAAGACCAUAGGCACCGAACCUUAACAAGUGUUAGAGGGACUAGGGGAUAUUUGGCACCAGAGUGGCUAGCCAACCUUCCAAUGACUUCCAAGUCUGAUGUCUACAGUUAUGGUUUGGUGUUGUUGGAGAUCGUUAGUGGACGAAGGAAUUUCGAAGUCUCAGAGGAUACAGGUCGGAAGAAAUUUUCUCUGUGGGCAUAUGAAGAGUUUGAUAAGGGAAAUGUUGAGAAUAUUGUUGAUAAAAGGCUGACUGAACAUAGGUUGGACAUGGAGCAAGUGAUGCGAGCAAUUCAGGUUAGCUUCUGGUGCAUCCAGGAGCAGCAGUCUCAGAGGCCAAUGAUGGGGAAGGUGGUGCAUAUGCUAGAAGGGAUUAGUGCAAUUGAGAAACCACCAGCACCAAACACCACAGCAAAAGGGUCUGUGAGUGUCACCAGCAUGGAUAACAGUUUUGCUGUCAAUGUCCUCUCCACUCUUGUAACUUCAGUCCCAGCUACCUCCUCAUCUUCCUCACUUCAAGCCAUGGAAAUUUCAUCAUCCCCUACAAGUAUGAACACUGAAAUAACUUCAUCGCCCCUACUACAUCAAAUUGAAGUGAGCCCCUAAAAUCAC